AUAUGUGGUGCGUGUGCAACCAGAGGGAGCUGGGCGCGGCCGGGGCUGGUGCUGGUGCUGGUGCUGGUGCUGGGGAGGGGGGGUGGUUGCAGUGGGCAGUGGACUGUGUGUGUGGGCUUGGGGGAGAGGGAGAAGGGGGGCUGUGGACUGCUGUGGACUGCUGUGCUGGAGGAGGGUAAUGGGCAGCUUGCUGUGGUCGUGACCGCAGUCGUCGAGCUGGUUCACCUCCACGGGGAAGGACCCUCGAUAUGUUUAGGCUCGUGGACCACCAGUGAGCGGCGCAAUAAUUGA